AUCAAGGAAGACGAGCUCGCGCUCACGUUCCUCAACUUGGCGAUGCUCUUCAGGCUUCGGCUUCGACUUUCGGUCCCGGUGUUUGUUUCUCCCCGCUCAAGAUGGCCCUCCGUUAGCGACUCGAGGAACGGAAGAUCGGCUUCUGCCAGGGCGCCACGUCGUAAAUUGACCAAGAAUAAAGGAUACCUCGCCGGAGCCGCCGGCUUUUCGAGAGGCUGGCGAGAGGAUGCGAGCCCGAGGACGUUUCCCUCCCAGAGGAGACGAGGCGGCCAUUUCGCUGAGAGGCUGAGGAGUCGAGAGGGCCUUUUUGGAAAUUGACAGUCGGUCCGAGGCGCGGCCUCUUCGUCGAGGGCGAGGAGUCCUGGAAAUUGACGGUUCACUGGAAAUUCCUGGGCAGAAGAGGACCGGGAACCUGAAGAGGGCUCGAGGUCUGGAAGAGGACGAGACCCAUGGAGAGAUCCGAGCAUAUCAGGACGGAGGAGACUGGAAAGGGAGCCAAGGGCAUGGACCAAUCCAAGGGGAGGCUGGCGAGUGACGAGAGAGGGCUGCAGGAGAAGAGAACUGCCAAGACGGACCGUGCCGACGAAGGUGAGCCCGAAGAGGAGGACGACGAGAUCCCGACGAGGCGGGAAAACGUGCGAUAUGGCAUCGGGGCAGGACUUUGUGCCAUUUGUCAUUUGACAGUCAGUGGCACGAGUCCUGGAGGAGUCUCCGCAGGCUUUGAGCAGACGUUGUCCUGCUCGCAAGGACACCUUCUCUGCCACCGAUGCAUCCAGCGGUUUGCCAUUCGUUCGGACGCAAGUUGCAUGCUCUGCGUCAAGGAUUCCCAGCACUCCAACUCAAGCUGCUCUCGUGAUAGCAACGGUAGUCUGCAGCGAACCACUUUGAGUGCAACCAGGAAAUACGAGCUCCAGGAACAGAACGUCCAGCAGAGUGUGGACGAGUUCCGAGUGAAUCCCUGGCUUCGUGGCUACGGUACCCUGGAGCCCACCACGAGCAACAAGAUGGGUCAUCAGGGCCAUCCAAUGGCCAGUGAGACCUUCUGCGAUUGGGAUACCGAGCAGGGUGACGUUAGAGAUUUGAGAAGGGACCAGGUCUCCAGGCAACACCAGCAACGAAGUUAUUGUAGUAUCAUCAGAAAGCAGGACUCCGAGUUGACUUCGGAGACCAAGAUGAAUGGGCAAGUAGCCACGGAGUGCUCCAGGCGUCCCAUAAGGUGUCCUCGGCUGGACUGUGCAGUUAAUGUCGCCUUCUCUGCGCUGACUCACCACUUCCUCUUCGAUCACCCCGAGGUACCCAUCCUAAGUGUCGAGCCAGGUCUGAAGAGCACUCUCAUAGUUAGCUUCGCAGCUCUCUCCUGCGAUUCCAGUAGAUGCUUGGCUCUUCUUCUAGUCUCAGGGAAGUUAUCAGGCCCUGCGGCGAGAUUAUUUAAUGGAGGCCAGAUCCAUCCAAGAUAUCGCAACAGACUUCCACUACCUGUACUAGCUGCACGUCUGCAUUGCACUAGCAGAUAUACAACCCAUGAUGAUGUGCAUGCCGGAGGUGAGGGUCAUGGCGAUGGAGAUGUCAUCGUAGUCUGGGUUGCUGGUUUGGACAUAGGAAACUCCUCAGGAUCUCUUCGUUGCAGCAUCGAAGCAGUCGACAGCGUGGAGAACGAGUGCUUUCGCUCCCUGACCUUCACAGGCCCUGUGAACUCUCUGCGAACGGCUCAACGUCCACGAGAGGUCUUUUUAACAGGGGACUGUGUAAUCCUACAUGAAGGCCUUAUCGACCACAUCACUUCAGGAUGUACCAGCCUUAACGUAAACAUCACUAUCCAUUGAUGACAGAAACUGGACUUCUUCCCUUCCGACCAUUCAUCACUUACUCCCUGGAGCACUCCCGGACUGAAGGGACAACUCACUGGAACCAAAACUAAACGUGAGAUGUCCCUUUAUGAUGAGGAAUCCUAAACUUUAACUUCAAACCGGAUGACUUCCCGAGGGACCUGGACCACUUCCUCGAACUUCUCCACGGCAAGGACAGGAACCAGGUCGAAGAUUGUACAGA